AUGGACGGGACAGACCAACCUGCAGCCUUAAGCUUAGCUCAGGCUCCGAAGCUGAAGAAACACACUAGUUAUUAUAUCGACUACAUUACCUUCGCGGUUUAUGCUCUAUUCGCGGUUCUUCAUUCUGUGAACAAGAAAAAAACACAGGUCGAAGAUACCCUCUUCAAAGUCCCAAGGGUUGGUUUCGAGGGCCGUUCUGGGACACCCUUUGAGGCAUUUGCAAGCCUCCAGCAGCUCAACGACUCAAGAGAGGGUUUGGACGGUGAUCACCCUGUAUAUCUUCAAGGAGUCCGAGUUUAUGAUUUCGAGAACCUCCUCAGAAUCAUGUAUCCAAACUUCAAAAUCCAAACUGAACGAGCGGUCGUGACCCCACCGAGCGAUACUGAGGAAAAGGGAGUGUGGUUGAGUGUGGUUGAACUCACCACGCCUUCGAUGACGUGA